UUCAGUCACCGAUUUAUGACCCGCGCGCACACCGACGCUGCGAGCUCGAGACCGGCCCGGGCGCCUCUCUCCUCCCCCCCGUCCAUGCGAAGAAGGGCCGGAGCAGCCGGCGGGAGACUUCUGCUCCAUGGAGGGCGAGAGGAUGGAAGCGUGGCUGGACGACAACCCGGAGUUCACCCACUCCUACUUUAUCAGGAAGGCGACAAGGGAGAUGGUGAAUGCCUGGUUUGCUGAGCGAGUCCACACCAUCCAGCUCUCGACCGCCAAAGAGCACUCAUCACAGAGGACCCAACAGUCCCUUGCAGACAGUAUCCCCCCCACCAUCAGCAUCUCUGACAGUCCUUGCCCCUCCCCGGGACUAGUGCCCAGUCCAGCCCCGAGUACCCCGACUCGCAAAAUCUCAGCAUCAGAGUUUGACCGCCCGCUGAGACCCAUUGUAGUAAAGGACUCUGAGGGCUCCCUGACGUUUCUGAGUGACACGGACCGCGAAGCUGUCCCUCUGAGGGGGUCUGUUAUGGGGGAAGGAGGUGUGACUGCUCCCGGAGGGGCAGGCCGCAGCAGUGAGGGCGACCGCUGUGCCAGGCUGCUGGAGCUGGUGAAGGACGUGUCCAGUCACCUGGAUGUGACAGCUCUCUGCCACAAGAUCUUCCUGCACAUCAACGAGCUGAUUGCUGCUGACCGCUACUCACUAUUCUUGGUGGGAGAGGACAGCUCAAACAGGAAGUUCCUGGUCAGCCGACUCUUUGAUGUAGCAGAGGGAACGACACUUGAGGAAUCUUCUAGCAGCUGCAUUCGGCUGGAGUGGAACAAGGGCAUUGUGGGACAUGUGGCGGCCACCGGACAGCCACUCAAUAUCAAGAAUGCCUAUGAGGACCCCAGGUUCAAUGCCGAGGUCGACUUGAUCACUGGAUACAAGACCCAAAGUAUCCUCUGCCUGCCCAUCAAGAACCACAAAAAUGAGGUUGUAGGAGUGGCUCAAGCCAUCAAUAAAAAAUGUGGGGAGGACGGAGCCUUCACUGACCAGGAUGAGAAGGACUUUUCGGCCUACUUGGCCUUUUCAGGCAUCGUGCUUCACAAUGCUCAGCUGUAUGAGACGUCGCAGCUGGAGAACAGACGUAAUCAGGUCCUUCUGGAUCUGGCCAGUCUUAUCUUCGAGGAGCAGCAGUGUCUGGAGGUGUUGUUGAGGAAGAUUGCUGGGACAAUCUUGUCCUUCAUGCAGGCACAGGCUUGCACUGUCUUCAUAGCAGAUGAGGACUCGAUGAAUUCCUUCUCCAGUGUCUUUCACAUGGAAUAUGAAGAGCUGAGUGAGGUCAUGGACACCCCCAAAAGGGAGUGUGACAUGGGUCAGAUUAACUACAUGUAUGCUCAGUAUGUCAAAAACACCAUGCAACCCCUCAACAUUGCUGACGUCACCAAAGACCAGCGGUUCCCCUGGACAAGUGAAAACACAGCACAAAACCGUACCAGCAGCCCAGUCAGGAGUUUGCUCUGCACGCCCAUCAGAAAUGGCAAAAAGGACAAAGUCAUUGGAGUCUGCCAGCUUGUGAACAAGAUGAACGAAGGCUCGCUGUGCAGGAAGACCUUCAACAGGAAUGACGAGCAGUUCCUUGAAGCUUUCGCCAUCUUCUGCGGCCUUGGAAUCCAAAACACGCAGAUGUACGAAACGGUGGAGAGAGCCAUGGCAAAACAGGAGGUCACUCUUGAGGUUCUGUCAUAUCACGCUUCAGCUGCUGAGGAAGAAUCACAGGAACUCCAGGUAACCGCGGUUGCUACGAUCCCCUCUGCGCAGUCACUGCGUCUCCUGGACUUCAGCUUCAGUGACUUUGACCUGUCAGACACAGAGACCACUUUGGCCACUGUCCGGAUGUUUGUUGAUCUUAACCUGGUGCAGAAUUUCCAGAUGAAGCAUAAGGAUUUAUGUCAGUGGGUUCUAAGUGUGAAGAAGAACUACAGGAAGAAUGUGGCUUAUCACAACUGGAGACACGCCUUCAACACGUCCCAGUGCAUGUUCACCCUCCUCAAGUCUGGACGCCUGCAGAAUUAUCUAAGUGACUUGGAGGUUCUGGCUCUGAUGAUUGCGACUCUCUGCCACGACCUCGACCACAGAGGAGUCAACAACUCCUACAUACAAAGGAGCGACCACCCACUGGCACAACUUUACUGCCACUCCACAAUGGAGCAUCACCACUUCGACCAGUGCCUCAUGAUCCUCAACAGUCCUGGUAAUCAAAUCCUGAGUGGUCUCUCUCUGGAUGAAUACAAGGCCACUUUAAAAAUGAUCGAGAGGGCUAUUCUGGCCACUGACCUGGCCCUGUACAUGAAGAGGCGAGGGGAGUUCUUUGAGCUGACCAAGAACAAUCAGUUUGUGUGGCAAGACGACCAUCACAAAGAAUUGCUGAGGUCCAUGCUGAUGACUGCGUGUGACAUCUCAGCCAUCACAAAGCCCUGGCCGGUGCAGAAGAGGAUAGCCGAGCUGGUGGCGACAGAGUUCUUUGAGCAGGGAGACAAAGAGCGACGGGAGCUCAACAUUGUUCCCAGCGAUCUAAUGAAUCGUGAGAAGAGAGACAAGAUUCCCAGCAUGCAAGUGUCCUUUAUAGAUGCCAUCUGCACUCAGCUCUAUGAGACUUUGGCAGGAAUGUCCGAGUUCUGCUCCCCGCUGCUGGAGGGAUGUCAGAAGAACCGGCAGCAUUGGAAACGUUUGGCUGAGGAAGGCGAGAAAGACUCAGUCAACGGUCUGGUGUGAUCUGACUUUUGACGUGUCCUGGUCUCACGAAGAUUCCGGAAUUUAGCUGCGAAGCUAUGUCACAUGGCUGAGAGGGGAAGAUUCAGGGUCUUUCACAAAACCUUCUUUGAUUUGGUUUCCCAUCAGAAUGCCACAGUUAUCGACUCAUUCUGCUGCUGGUACUUCUGGUUUAAUCACAUUGAUGAGAAGAACAAAAGCACAGGUUUUGUUCUUGAGUUCCUGGCAUGAUACGUCAACCUCAGCUGGCUUCUCUCGAGCUGAAGGAGCUUGUACCCAUCAUCUAGUUGGUCUGAGCUGGUGACCACAGGUGAGGGUGUUGCGGAGCCUCUGGGGACCUCAGAUCCUCGUGUCUCAGCUGGGCGUGGAAGACUGAUAGAACAUCCAGCUCAGGCCGACCUCUGCAGCCUGCGAUACAUCCAAGUUAGAUCCAACAGUGUAGACGUGGCAGCCAUCCCAAUUUAUCACAGUAAACAAGGACACACAAAAUGCCACACUGAAAAUGGGAAAGUCCAAGACUCAUCUUCCUGUUCUAAUAGGAUGUACUGACCAUGUGACUACAGCAGGCAUCGGCAUAAACUAGCAGUUCGGCUUACUAACCUUCGAGCUCAUUUCGGGAACUUGGUGGGACCAGUGGUCUCUUAAACAACAGCACUAAGCUAUAUUUAAUAGGCAUUUUUACUUUUGCACAGAGUUGAAUUCGACUUUCUUUCACCGCUAGUGAACUGCUGAACAUCACGGGAUCGGGUCGACUCUUCGGCGUGCAGAGCACAAACACAGUUUUUAACUUUUGUAAGAUUUUUCACCUGUCAUCAUAACUAUUGCAUAUUUAUUUUUGUUUACCGUAUUUAUUAGAGUUUCUAUAUUGUGAGGUCAUUCUCUUGUCAAGAGCACACAACUAUUCUAAAACUACAUGUAGUUUUCAUCUAGAGAACAAAGUCCAGCACUGCGAUUAUUCCGUAGGAACUUUUCAUUCUGUACUGUUUUAUUUGAAUGUUCUUCUAUACUCUGGGCUCACUUUGAUCAUCACAACAAAGGAAGGGUCCAGACUUGUGUCACUGACUACAUGUGUUUUAAGGGUGACUUAAUAAAAAGCCACCUCCUGGGUCUGCUAUUAGAGCCACAAGUGUUGCAGUGUAUUGUGGGAUUUGUAGUAUACGUGGCCAGUUUCACCUGCCUGGCUUGGUGACAGAAAAGAUCAAAAUGAACAGAUUUUUUAAAAAUCUUUCCUGGAUUAUAACUUUUUGAUGAUUUUCACUGUUAACCACCUUUCAAAGUACCAACAUUCAAAGUGCCACGUUUCCGAAUCUGCAAGGCAAUGACAGAUGUAGUGCAAGUGUUCCUGGGAGGUCCCGUGAAUGCUCAGAUUCGGUUCAACAAAUGCAGCCACCAUCAUUACUGUGCAGUGAAAGUCAAACGUAGUGCCUCUUUCAGGUUGACACUGUUCAGUCUUCAAUAAAUAUUU